AUAUUGUUGUAGGUUGUAAAUAGAUUGUUAAUAGAACAUCUGAAUAUGGGUCAAGAAGGAAAAAGCAGAAAAGAAUAGAAAGAAAUGAUUUUGAUUAUGUUUACUGUUACUUAUUAUCCUCUUGCUUCCAAAAAACAGACUAUUAGUGAUGAAAAUUGAAAAUUCGUGUACUUAUAUCAAUUUAGUUUGGCAGAUUAGCUUUUGCAGAUGGUGCAAUGUAAUUUUAAGAAGAUUACUAUGCUAUCAAAUGUUAAGGAUUUCAUUGACAUUAUUGUCUUUCGUACCCAAUGACAGAUGCCAACUGUUGUGCACAAAGGUUAUGUCAUUUCUUGCCUCAGGCAGUUUUACAUGCAUAAAGUGAAAUACACUCAGCAGAAUUUUCAUGAGAAGCUCUCAACAAUUAUUGAUGAGUUCCCUCGAUUAGAUGAUAUCCAUCCGUUCUAUGGGGACAUUCUUCACGUGCUUUACAACAAGGAUCAUUAUAAACUCGCUCUUGGCCAGAUAAACAAGACAAGAAACCUUAUUGGUAAGAUUGCUAAAGAUUAUGUGAAGCUGUUGAAGUAUGGUGACUCCCCUUACAGGUGCAAGUCUCUUAAGGUUGCGGCCUUAGGAUGCAUGUGUGCGAGCUCAUUUAUGAACAAAAUCACCAGUGCUGAUGUGGAUUUCCAGCCUUAUGCUUUCACUACAAAGUCACUCUUUGUUGAUCACACUGAUUAUAAGUACCUUAGAUACCAAGUGAUUGAUACGCCUGGGAUUUUGGACAGGCCAUUUGAAGAUCGCAACAUUAUUGAAAUCAUUGCGCAGCAGGCUGCUCUUUUCCACAGCAUUAAGUCAUUUAUGAACAAACCCUUGAUUCUUGUCUGCAACAAGACAGAUCUGCAGCCACUGGAUGGGUUAUCUGAGGAAGAUACGAAGUUGGUCAUGGAGAUGAAAGCAGAAGCCUUGAAGAUUGUGAUGUGUCAGGGUGGCAAACCUGCAAAUGAAGAAGGGGUCCUGUUGACUAUGAGCAGUUUGACUGAGGAUGGAGUAAUUGCUGUGAAGAAUGCAGCUUGUGAGAGGUUGUUGGAUCAGAGGGUAGAAUUGAAGAUGAAAUCUAAAAGGAUAAAUGACUGCCUAAAUAGGUUUCAUGUUGCAAUACCAAAGCCACGUGAGCAGAAGGAAAGACCUACUUGCAUUCCUCAGGCCGUUUUGGAAGCCAAAGCUAAGCAAGCAGCAUAGAAGGAAAAGAGGAAAACAGAAACGGAUUUGGAGAAUGAGAAUGGUGGGGCUAGAGUCUACUCUGCUAGUUUGAGGAAGAAUUAUAUCUUGGCUAAUGAUGAGUGGAAAGAAGAUAUAAUGCCUGAAAUUCUUGAUGGACACAAUGUGUAUGACUUUGUCGAUCCUGAUACUUUAUUAAGGCUUGAAGAGUUGGAACGAGAAGAGGGUCUUAGACAAGCAGAGGAGGGAGAUGAAGACUUUGAGAUGGAUGGCAAUGAUUUGACUCCAGAAGAGCAAAAGGCACAAGGUGAGAUUUGGAAGAAGAAAAGCUUGCUUAUUCAACAGCAUAGGAUUAAGAAGAGCACUGCAGAGAGUAGGCCCAUUAUACGAGGAAAGUUGACAAGGACGGGGAGUUCACAACGGAGAGGAUGGGCAGGGAGUUAUCCCAAUUGGGCCUGGAUCCUUCUUUAGCAGUUGAUUGUGCACGGAGCAAAAUCAAGAGGCCGGGAGAGGGAGAGGUCACUUGACAGGAGAGAUAGUGAUGGUGAGGCUAUGGAUAUGGAUGUUGACCAACCGACCAAAAUGCUACGCUUAAGGUCUAGAUCCCAACCGAGAUCAAAGUCACGGCCUCCAAGUGAUAUUGUACCAGGUGAGGGAUUUAAGGCAUCUAAACAAAAGGUCAAGGCAAUCAAAUUGGGAAAUUAAU